ACGUGAAUUCAGGAUCGCAGCUGCGGAACCGAGAGGAGCACACACACACAAACACACAGAGAGAGAAAACAGCACAGCAAUGGGCAAAAUCUACCAGGUCGUGGUGCAUGGGCUACGAGGGGAGAAGCUGAUCGUCGACCUGUGCAACACCGAAGAGCAGAUGCAGAGCAUGACGGUGCUACAGCUGAAACAAAAGAUCGCGCAGAAGCUUCCCGACACCCUAGGAGAAGGGGCUGUGCGGUUGAUCUUCACAGACAAGAUACUGGAAGGAGACUCCACCCUGCUCUCUGAGUAUGGAAUCCAGCAGCUGUCCGUAAUCCAAAUGGUGAUGAAGGUUCCUGGAGGACUGACUGCUUGACGGACAUGAUCACUUCCUGCUGCCAUUGCCACUACUCAAUUUGCCACUAUAUGGAACAGCUUUUUUUUAUUGUAUGGGCUCUUUUAUUCAAUAUUUCCAUGUUGCCUCUAAAUGUGUUCGAAAAAGAUGUUGUUAAAAUAAAGUCGCGUUCUCUCUAA